AUGCUUGUUCGAGCUGCGCGCCGGAAAGCCCGUCCGGAAUCCCUUCGAAUUCGCACUUACAAAGACCAGCUAUACCUCCCUUGGCUCUGCCCAACAUACAAUGCUUCUCAGAGGGGCCGGCGGUCGUUUGGUACCGAUACUGGAUCUCAAGUAGGAGGACCGAGGCCGAGGAGGAACUCACAAGAUGCACCCAGUCGUCCAACCCGGAGAGCUCUGGCCACAGCAACCGGAUACAUGCCAAUGGACGAUAUACCCUUUGAAAGUAUCGGAACUAUGCCGCCACCAAGAGGGUCGGGGACUGGGUAUGGCUUUGCUGAUGGCAAUAGCCUCUCUGCCCUCGAAUCGUUCGGCUCCCCUACACAGCUAUUACAGCUCGGCGGGUCUCUGGCAAUGCCUCCGCAUAGAUAUACAAAAGGCACGAGAGGAAUCACCGGCAGCAUCUCAGAAAUUCAAUCGGUUUUCAACGCAUGUUUGCAGGUUGGCAGAAUCCAACGUGCAGGAGUUAUUCUUCAGCGGAUUGCUAAACUCGACGGUGUGGACCCCAACGAACUGCUUGGUUUCCAUAAUCAAUAUCUGCGAGCUGCCAUUGAAGAGAUCAUGGUAAAUCCCACCUCAAAAUCCAUGCAAGAGCUGCACAAGUGGUACGAACUUCAGAUAAGGUCACGGGGCGUUCCGCAGAAUACAGACACAGUUGCAUACAUGAUCAAAGCAUCACUUCAAGCACCCCUGGAGCAACGAGAACGACUCGUUCGGAGAUAUAUGGACAUGCUAGACGAGAAUUCUGCUGCGCAGUUAUGGAACGCGGAAGUGCUGACAGCGCAAGAAAUCGAUGCAAUCAAUCACAUCUACCCAAAGUACAACCUGAUGGUAGAAAAGGACCAGGACGAAGAGAUGCACAAUGGGAUGGAAGUGGACCCAUCUUCGCUGGACCAAGUCGUAUCGAAAUCUCCAGUACCGAAUGUACGACCUACUGGACAAAAGGGUCUGGGUUUAAAGUCCUUGAAAAAAGCGCUUUCGCUUUUUUCAACACUUCCUACUGAGGGGAUUGAUCUCGCAUCAGCAACAGCCCAGAUGAAACGAGACGUUCAAACCAGACUAGAGGAAGAUGCGGUUACGUCCGCCAUCGAUCGGUGGCGAGAUGAAAGCACACAUCUGAAGAAAAUGGGUCUGAACACUGCACUGCAGACCAAGUCGUUGGGAGCGAGAAUGUGGAAGUGGCAGGAGAGCUUGACAGAAUACUUGGAAGUCGAGAUCGAAAAAGUUAAUGCGUCCGAAGAAGCGGAAAAGAUGUCUAGAGAAGACCUAGAGCGCGUUGCGUAUGGCCCAUUUUUGCGACUCUUGCGGCCAGAGACAUUAGCUGCCGUCACUAUCUUAUCGUCCAUGAGCUCUCUGGGCGCUCUAGGAGCCGACAAGGGCUUACCGUUGUCGACUGCUAUCAUGUCGAUAUCUAGAAGUGUUGAGGACGAAAGUGUCUUUGAGGCUCUGCAUAAAGAGAGCAAGAAACAGAUGUGGCCAAAGAGCAAGAAUCGACUGGACGUGAAGGAUAUAAAACGGGCCGCUCGAUUUCGUAUGUCCACUCACAGAAACGGCUCUGGGCCUGCUCUGCUGGAUCAGACCGAAACGUUUACAAACAGCCCACGUGCCGAAUGGCCAUUGUCCGUCAAGGCCAAGGUGGGAGCCUUCCUGAUGUCUGCUCUUAUUCAAGUCGCCAAGGUCCCCGUAACUUUGACCCAUCCAGAAACAGGAGAGGUUGUCACGCAAAUGCAGCCAGCGCUGUCCCAUUCCCAUCAAUACAAAAUGGGCAAGAAGCUUGGUGUCAUCAUUGUCAAUAAAUCCCUCGUGGCUCAGAUGAAACGCGAACCGGUGCAUAGUCUUCUUGCUAAGCAUCUCCCAAUGCUUGUGGAACCUGAUCCGUGGACGGAGUUCAGCAAAGGGGGUUUCCUUGCCCACCCAGCCAAGGUGAUGAGAAUCAAAAAUGGGGACAAAGACCAAAGACACUAUGCAGAAGCUGCUAUUGGCCAAGGAGACAUGCGACAGACAUUCAAAGGACUCGAUGUACUCGGCAAGACUCCUUGGAAAAUUAAUCAGUCUGUUUUUGACGUUAUGCUGGAAGCAUGGAACUCAGGGGAGGGCAUUGCAAAUAUGCCUCCGGAAACUCCGAAUUUGACUAUUCCUCCCGAGCCUGAGCCAUCAUCGGAUCCGCUAGAACGUCGGCGCUGGAUACGUGAAGUCAAAAAUGUGGAAAAUACUAGAAGCGGACUGCAUUCACAACGCUGCUUUCAGAAUUUUCAACUUGAAAUUGCGCGAGCUUUGAGAAAUGAGGUAUUUUACUUCCCGCACAAUAUUGACUUCCGUGGUCGAGCCUAUCCAAUUCCACCAUACCUCAAUCACAUCGGUGCAGAUCACUGUAGAGGUCUACUGAAGUUUGGAGUUGGAAGAGAGCUUGGAGAAGGUGGCCUGCGAUGGCUUAAGAUACAUGUUGCAAAUGUCUUCGGUUUCGACAAGGCUAGUCUCUCGGAGCGUGAGGCAUUCGCGUCGAAACAUCUAGAGAAAAUAUACGAAACAGCAACAAAUCCUCUGUCAGGCAGCAGAUGGUGGCUUAACGCCGAAGAUCCAUGGCAAUUUUUGGCAGCAUGUAUGGAGCUCAGAAAUGCUCUCGAGUCGGCGGAUCCCAAAAAGUUCGUUUCGGACCUGCCAGUUCACCAGGAUGGCACCUGUAACGGUCUCCAGCAUUACGCUGCCUUGGGAGGAGACCUCUGGGGAGCGCGACAGGUCAACCUCGAGCCUGGUGACCGCCCCGCCGACGUCUACUCGGCAGUGGCAGAUCUAGUCAAGGCAAGUAUCGCCGAGGACGCAGCCAAUGGAAACGAAAAAGGUCUAUUACUUCAAGACAAGAUCAGUAGGAAGGUAGUCAAGCAAACAGUCAUGACAAACGUCUACGGGGUGACAUUUAUCGGUGCCAAAGCUCAGGUCAGACGCCAACUGAUCGCUGCAUAUCCAGACCUUCCGAACAACGAUGCCAUGAAUGCAGGUAACCUUGCUGCGUAUGUUGCAACCAAAAUUUUCACGGCUCUCUCAACUAUGUUCAAGGGUGCGCAUGACAUUCAGUACUGGCUCGGAGACUGUGCCACAAGGAUCUCGACAUGCUUAACUCCAGAACAAAUAGCACGGCUAGAGUCAGAAUGGCCGAGACUGACCUCCACAGCGCUCCCGGGUAACCACAAGGCCGCGUCGAUAGAAGAGUUGGUCCAAUUCAAGUCCAGUGUCAUCUGGACAACCCCACUACACAUGCCAGUGGUACAGCCUUAUCGAGACUCGAAAUCAAAGACGAUCAAAACGAACAUGCAAAAGCUCAGUCUCUCAGAACCUCACCGAUCGGACCCAAUCAGCAAGCGGAAGCAGCUUCAAGGGUUUCCUCCAAAUUUUAUUCAUUCGUUAGAUGCUACCCACAUGCUUCUCUCUGCUCUACGGUGCGAUGAACUUGGCCUCUCAUUUGCUGCUGUUCAUGACUCCUUCUGGACUCAUGCUAGCGAGGUUGAUACGAUGAACAAAGUAUUGAGAGAUGCCUUUAUCAGGAUCCACAGUGAGGAUGUCGUUGGGCGUCUUCGAGACGAGUUCAUUGCAAGAUACCAGGGCGCAAUGCACCUUGCUACGAUACAGCAAGAUUCUCCUGUUUUACAAAAGAUAAAAGCCUGGCGUGAAACAAAUUCCAUUCCUCGAAGCAUGAAAUUUCCACGACUUAGGAAAGCUCCACAUCUCGACGAAUUGAUCUUGGAACGUAAGCGCGUGCGACUCCUAAGUUCCGCGGACCCCGCAGAUGUUGAACUUGGAAAGAGCAUAGUGACACCAACCAGCAUCUUUCAAGAACAUGCCGCUGAUGAGGAUCUUGCCGCCAGUGUUGAUAUCAAAAUUACAGGCCUCGGAGAUAUUUCGAAGGGCACAGCACGGUCAGCUGCAAAUCAAAACAGCGCAGUUGAUGACAUCGAAGACGGCGAUAAUGAGAGUGAGGUGGACGAGAUUGGUCUUGCGAACGAUGAAGAUGGACCAGAUACCACUCGGGAUCUUGAAAGUGACCAAGAGAAUGAAGAAGUCGACGAUAGGAGUAUAUUUGAAAAAAGCAUGAAUUUGCCGUCCAGAUAUUCUGGACCAACAACGCAGGUCUGGCUUCCAUUGACCUUUCCCCCGGUGCCUCAAAAGGGGGAAUUUGAUGUCUCCAGACUAAAGAAUAGUCAGUACUUCUUCUCUUGA